AUGUCCUAUUACGACAUAGAUGCGAUACUUACUGAUGCUGAAAAAGUUCCUUGUAAAUUCGAGCUCGAGGUACCCGAACUCGGUUAUCUCGACAACAACCCUUCACAACCGUUAAAGACUGGCACCUCGGUCGGUCUGCCGUUAUGGCUUGCCGAACAUCUUGCUCUCACGAGUAGGUCGCCAAGCAGUUCAGAAGAAAAUUCAAGUUCGUUUGUCUCCCUCGAUCUCCCUUCUUCGCUAUCCAAUGAGGUUAUGUCUGCCUUAAAAGCCGAUCCCCGAGCCGUACCCCUCCGCGACCAAUCCCAGAAUUUCUACGGCCUCGGAACCCGUAUGCUCGACGUCUUCGAAGAAGGGGAGAUAUGCGCAAUCCUCCGGAGGACCUUCGUUACGAGAGCCACUGAUAUCGCCCUCCAUGCUAGGAAAGCUGGCGCUACCGAGGAUAUGGGCGUCGGCACUGGUGAAGAAUUCUUGAGAGGGCUAGAAGAAUGGGAGAGGAAGCUGUUUAGAAAAGCUCAUGAGGGUACCAAAGGUACUAAGGAAUGGAUGGAACGCGUUAAGAAGCAUUGA